AUGGCUGAUGAUGAAGAUGAGGGAAGUUUUGGAGGCAUGUAUGAAGAUGGCCACUGGGUUUGGGAUGAGCAUACACAAGCAUUAUUAUUUGUAAGUGAUCUGCCGCCAGUAAACAUAGAGGCUCUUCAAAUAACAAGCAAAGCACCGACUGGCACUAUUGAAUUCAGAGAUGAUAUUGAUUUAAUUGAACAAGAUGUGAAAGACAUAGCUUUAUACACAGCACCCCUAAGCAUAUUGAGUCCUAUGCUCAUUGAUAUGUUGCAUCUACCUACCACAGAAAGGUUUCUCAGAGCUCUCAUAUUCUGUUGUGCUUAUUACUUACAGAUAGCAGAAGAAAUGACCACCCGCAUAUUGGACCAAGCAACUAAAAUAAGGACUAAGAGAUGUGAAGUUUUGGAAAAUCAAUAUCGCGAAAACCUAUCGGAUCUGAGACUUUUAGUAGCCAAGGAAUACUGCAUUAUGCUUAUCGAGUUGGAAUGUCAUCGUGUAAUGAAAUCCGAGAUAUUCAACACAGUGGAGCACAUGUCGAAAACUGGAUACCUCUCGAAAAUGGCUCCUGAGGAGAAAAAUGUUCUGCUGGGGACCUGUUUAAGUCAUGACAAGAAGCUCAACACUAAAUCCCCGCUCAUGAACGAAGUAUUCUGUCACAGACCCAUCGAUUUUCGUUUGAUGGGAUUAGGAGUUGUCAAAUAUAAGAGAGUAAGCACUCGACUUGACUACUUGUACCUUAUCGUGGCUGGACCAGAAGAGAAGUUAUUUGAAUUGAAUAUGUCAGUAGGGCUUAUUGGCUUGCAACGUUCUCUAUUCGACACCAUGCUUCGACCUAUAUUAGGCCAACCCACUGAGAAGUCUAAAGCCUCUGUUAUGUCUUCGAAGAGCAUGCAAAGGAAAUCUGUGCAAGCACCUCAGAGGCUCUACCCUGAGAUUUCACUCCCUCCAAAAGACUUUAUAGAUACGGACUUGCCAUCAGCCUUUCCCGCGAAACCGGCAGAGGUUAGACCAGUCAGUCAGAGCCAGCUUAAGCGCUGGCAAAAGAGAUACAUAAGACUAACGAAGCCGGCAGCAGCUGCUCGUGGUACUAGCACUUAA